CCCACACCCCCACUCUACACUCACCCUCUCGCACACCAUGGCUCUGCUGGCGCGUCGCUCCGCCGCCGCAGCCGGGGCGCUCGCGCGUGCGGCGGCGGCCCGGCGCGGCGCUGCUCUGCCGCGGGUCGCCGCGGCGGCCAGUGCUGCUGGCCAACAGCUGCCCAGCGCCCGCGCCUUCUCCUCGGCCGUGGAGAACAUGUCUGACCGCGAGACCAUCACGCGCCUGCUCUACUCGCUCGCCUCGCGCAAGGAGGUGGAGCGCUACCUGCGCAUCUUCAGCGCCGCCAACAAGUUCGCCGUCAUCAAGGUGGGCGGCGCCAUCCUGACGCACCAGCUCGAGGAGCUGGCACUCAGCCUGAGCUUCCUGCACCGCGUCGGCCUCUACCCUAUCGUGCUGCACGGCGCCGGCCCGCAGCUCAAUGAGAUCCUCGAGCGCGAGGGUGUCGUGCCCGACUACGAGGACGGCAUUCGCAUCACGGACGCUCGCACGCUGCGUGUCGCACGCCAGGUGUUCCUCGAGGAGAACAUGCGUCUCGUGGAGAAGCUCGAGUCGCUGGGCUCGCGUGCGCGCCCAAUUCCGCUCGGCACCUUCACCGCCUCGUACCUCGACCGCGAGAAGUACGGCCUCGUGGGCAAGAUUGAGAAGGUCGACAAGGAGCCCAUCGAGAGCGCCAUCCGCAACGGCUGCCUGCCCAUCCUGACCAGCCUGGCCGAGACGGAGGACGGACAGAUUCUCAACGUCAACGCCGACGUCGCCGCGAGCGAGCUGGCCAAGGUGCUGGAGCCGCUGAAGAUCGUCUACCUCAACGAGAAGGGCGGCCUCUUCCACGGCAACACCAAGGAGCUGCUCGAGACGAUCAACCUCGACGAGGAGUACGACGACCUGAUGAAGCAGGAGUGGGUCAAGUUCGGCACCAAGCUCAAGCUGCGCGAGAUGAAGGAGCUGCUCGACCACCUGCCGCGCGCCUCGAGCGUCGCCAUCAUCAGCGUCGACCAGCUGCAGAAGGAGCUCUUCACCGACUCGGGCGCCGGCACGCUCAUCCGGCGUGGGUACAAGCUGUACAAGUCGUCGUCGAUUGAGGAUGUGGGCGCCGAGCGUCUGCGCAACGCGCUCAAGGAGAACGAUGAGGAGAUCCGCGAUGGCCGCAAGUCGGUGGCGCAGUUCUUCUCUGAGCUCAGCAAGCAGCCCUACACCAUCUACGGCGACGAGCCGUUCGACGUCGUGGCCUUCGUCUCGCGGCCCGAGGGCGAGGUGCCGAUCCUCAGCAAGCUCGUCAGCACGCGCAACGGCGUGCUCAACAGCGUCACGGACAACGUCUGGAACCAGAUCCGCAAGGACCACAAGCGUCUGGUGUGGACUGCGCGCUCGGACGAUGAGAACCGUGCGUGGCACUACGAGCGCGCCGACGGCAGCUUCAGCCGCAACGGCCGCAGCCUGUUCUACUACGGCAUCCAGGAUGUCACCGAGGUGGAGAAGGUGGUGCGCAGCCUCGAGGAGAAGAGCCGCAUCGAGCGCGCCUACCUGCCGCUCAACGCCGCCAAGCCGGGCGCGCCGCGUGCCUUUUCGACGUCGGCUCGCCGGCCGGCUCUUCGCGCCGCGUCGCCCAUGGGCACUGCGCGCGGCUACGCGACGGCCGUCGAGCGCUCCGUGCCCCUGCCGUCGACCAACUCGGACAAGAAGCGCGUGGCGCUCAUCGGCGCACGCGGCUACACGGGCCAGGCGCUCGUCUCCAUCCUCAACACGCACCCUCACCUCGAGCUCUCGCACGUCUCCUCGCGCGAGCUUGCCGGCACACGUCUGGCGGGCUACGACAAGAGCGAAGUGCUCUACUCCAACAUUGGCGUCGAGCAGCUGCGGCGUCUGGAGGAGGGCAAGGGCGACUCUGCGCCACCCGACGCUUACAUCAUGGCGCUGCCCAACGGCGUGUGCAAGCCGUUUGUCGAGGCGGUGCAGCAGGGCGGAAAGGGCAAGAGCGAGGGGCAUGGUCGCAUUGUCGACCUCUCGGCCGACUACCGCUUCGAGGAGGGAUGGACGUACGGACUGCCUGAGCUCUACUCGCGCCAAGCGAUCCGCGAUGCGCGUCUCAUCUCCAACCCGGGCUGCUAUGCCACGUCGAUCCAGGCUCUGAUCGCGCCUCUGCUGCCCUUCCUCGACGGUGCGCGGCCGCCGACGGUGUUUGGCGUGUCUGGCUAUUCGGGCGCAGGCACCAAGGCUGGGCAGUCUGGCUCCACGCCCGGCAGUCAGCCCGUCACCGUGCCCAAGAUCAGCGCCGAGGACCUGGCGGGCGGCGUGCGCCCCUACGCGCUCACCGACCACAUCCACGAGCGCGAGGCGGCGCGCCAUCUCUCGCGCCUGGCGGGCAGCGACGUGGGCGUGGCCUUUGUGCCUGCCGUCGCGCCGUGGUUCCAGGGCAUCAUUAGCACCCUCAGCGCGCCGCUCAAGCAGAAGAUGACGGCAAAGCAGGUGCGCGAGGCAUACGAGGCCUUCUACGAGGGCCAGCAGCUCGUCGAGCUGGGCCCCAACGUGCCGGAGGUCAAGGACAUCGCCCUGCAGCACGGCAUCAAGAUUGGCGGUAUCCAGGUGCACUCGGGCGGCGAGCGCGUCGUCGUGGUGGGCGGCCUGGACAACCUGCUCAAGGGAGCUGCGACGCAGUGCAUCCAGAACCUCAACAUCGCCCUGGGCUACGAUGAGCUGGCGGGCAUCGCAUGAGCGUCUCCCCUUCUUCUGCCUCACCCUCUACGCACAAAAUCCGGGGGCGCGCGAGAGAAACGAAGUAAUACGAAUCCCA